ACCACACGCUGCACAGUGGUCGGAUGUUUUGGGGGAGGAGCCCCCGUUAUAAAAGACUGGCCGACAAUCAUCCCGGUUGUGCCAGUUUGAUCAAGAUGGCGAAGCUGGGGAUUUUGGUGGCUGUUGCCCUGUUCCUGGAGGCGGCCUCUGGGACCUCUCUCGGGGUCGUGUACACAGAGGGGGGGAUGGUGCAGGGCGAGAACAUUCGUCUUGGGUUCCGCCGCCACAUGGACGUCUUCAGAGGGGUUCCCUUCGCUGACAUCCCCGGGAGGUUCGAGAAACCAAAGCGUCACCCUGGCUGGGACGGUAUCAUGAAGGCCACUGAUUUCAGGAAGAGAUGCCUUCAGGUGAACCUUCUCAUGAGCGAUACCAGAGGCAGUGAGGACUGUCUUUACCUCAACAUCUGGGUUCCCCACGGCCGUUCAGUGUCCACAGAUCUGCCGGCCAUGGUCUGGAUUUACGGAGGAGGCUUCCUGGCCGGAGGCUCGAUGGGUGCCAACUUCUUGGAUAACUAUCUCUACAGCGGUCAGGAGAUUGCAGACAGAGGGAAUGUUAUUGUGGUGACGUUGGGAUACCGCGUGGGAACUCUGGGCUUCCUGAGCACCGGAGACUCGGACAUGCCCGGGAACUACGGCCUGUGGGACCAGCAGGCCGCCAUCGCCUGGGUGCACAGGAACAUCCGCUCGUUUGGAGGCAAUCCGGACACCAUCACCAUCUUCGGAGAGUCUGCAGGUGCGGCUAGUGUGAGCUUCCAGACGCUCACGCCCCACAACAAAGGGCUGUUCAAGAGAGCCAUCUCCCAGAGCGGGGUCGCCCUUUGCCCAUGGGCCAUCAACAAGAACCCCCGCAGGUUCGCCGAGGAGAUUGCUCUGAAGGUCAACUGCCCCACCGAUCAAAAAAUGGCCGCCUGUUUGAAGAUGACUGAUCCCGCCGUCCUGACAUUAGCUGGCAGUCUCAGUCUGACCUGCUCUGCUGACAGUCCCGUAGUAGAAAACUUGCUCCUGUCUCCUGUGGUCGACGGCGACUUCCUGCCUGAUCAGCCUCAAAACCUGUUCCAUAAUGCUGCUGACAUCGACUACAUCGCUGGAGUCAACAACAUGGAUGGACACCUCUUCACUGGUCUAGAUGUUCCUUCCAUCAACUCCCACCUGGUUGAUACCCCUGUUGAAGAUGUCAAGAGGCUUCUGGCUUCGUACACUAGGGAGAAGGGCAAGGCUGGUCUGGAGAAUGCCUACUCCACAUACACCUCAACCUGGGGAUCAAAUCCAAACAAGGAGACCAUCAAGAAAACCAUAGUGGAGAUUGGAACGGACUACAUCUUCCUGGUUCCUACACAGGCUGCGCUCUACCUUCAUGCUGCCAAUGCCACAACUGGCCGUACCUACUCUUACCUCUUCUCCGAGCCCAACCGCAUGGCCGGCAUCGGCAGACCCUACCCCAGCUGGAUGGGAGCCGACCAUGCCGAUGACCUGCAAUACAUGUUCGGAAAGCCUUUCACCACGCCACUGGCGUACUGGCCUCGCCACCGUGACGUCGCCGGCUACAUGAUCGCCUACUGGACCAACUUCGCCAGAACUGGAGAUCCCAACAAAGGAGAGCUGAGUGUGCCUGUAGCCUGGCCCAGAUUCCUCAGCACUGGACACCAGUACCUGGAGAUCAAUUCUGACAUGAAAAAAGGCGCCGUGGGACAGAAGAUGAGAAUGCGCUACGUUCAUUUCUGGACCAGCGUCCUGCCCAACCUGGGCAUAAACAUCUCAGAGUAAAGAGCUUGUGCAAUAACCUUGUGCACCUCAAGUACGGACCUGCAGAUUUGAAGAAUCACACCAGUAUUGGUUCAUGAUGAAUAAAUGGAUGAGUACAAAUUA